UUGCCGACAGCAGCUCUUCCACAUGUUGGGUUUAUGCAAGACUACAGUUGGCGUGCAAGGAUAACUUACCCGAAAAACUAUGUGAAGGCUCCCCUGGGAAUCAUCUUAGACUGCACUGUCUCCCUCUGAGAGGAGCAGUCAUGAAGACCACUCUGGGCGAUGUCGCAGACACCACGCUGCGGACGAUAACCUCGGGGCUACACUAUCUCGGCUCCAACGAUGCCAGUUACGACGACCCCACGAUCAACGCCGACUUCGCCAAGGGCAGAUACCCUCUGCAGAAGCCCCUGUCCGCCUUCCGUAGCAACGCGUACCCGGGCAAAGCGCCGGGCGAAGAUGAGCUCAUCCUCAAAGGCAUCCCGUUCUACCCGACCAACAUCACGGACCUGCUGGGAAACCGCAGCGCCUUCGGGGAGGAGGGCGGGACCAUCCAGUGCGGGGAGAACUUCAUGGACAUGGAGUGCUUCAUGAUCCUGACCCCCAGCCAGCAGCUGGCGGUGGCGGUGAUGGCGCUAACGCUGGGCACCUUCACGGUGCUGGAGAACCUGGUGGUGCUGUGCGUUAUCCUGCACUCCCGCACGCUCCGCGGACGCCCCUCCUACCACUUCAUCGGCAGCCUGGCCGUGGCCGACCUGCUGGGCAGCGUCAUCUUCGUCUACAGCUUCCUGGACUUCCACGUGCUGCACCGCAAGGACAGCCCCAACGUGUUCCUCUUCAAGCUGGGCGGGGUGACGGCCUCCUUCACCGCCUCCGUGGGCAGCCUCUUCCUGACCGCUAUCGACCGCUACAUUUCCAUCCACAGGCCGCUGGCCUACCGACGCAUCGUCACCCGCACCAAGGCCGUCAUCGCCUUCUGCAUGAUGUGGGCCAUCUCCAUCAUCAUCGCGGUGCUCCCCCUACUGGGCUGGAACUGCAAGCGCCUCAACUCGGUGUGCUCGGACAUCUUCCCGCUCAUCGACGAGAACUACCUGAUGUUCUGGAUCGGGGUGACCAGCGUGCUGCUGCUCUUCAUCGUCUACGCCUACAUGUACAUCCUGUGGAAGGCCCACCACCACGCCAUCCGCAUGCUGAGCCGCACCUCCCAGAAGAGCCUGGUGGUCUACUCCGCCGACGGCACCAAGGUGCAGACCACCCGACCGGAGCAGACCCGCAUGGACAUCCGACUGGCCAAGACGCUGGUGCUGAUCCUGGUGGUGCUGAUCAUCUGCUGGGGGCCCGUGCUGGCCAUCAUGGUCUACGACCUCUUCUGGAGGAUGGACAACUUCACCAAGACGGUCUUCGCCUUCGCCAGCAUGCUCUGCCUGCUCAACUCCACCGUCAACCCCAUUAUCUACGCCCUGCGGAGCAAGGACCUGCGCCGCGCCUUCCUCAGCACCUUCCAGGUGUGCCGAAGCUCCGCCCAGCCGCUGGACAACAGCCUGGAGUCCGACUGCCCCAACAGGGUCCACAUCACCGCCAACAGGGCCGCCGAGAGCUGCGUCAAAACCACUGUGAAAAUAGCCAAAGUGACCAUGUCCGUCUCCACGGAGACAUCGGCCGAAGCUGUCUGAUUGGCUCCCUCUCACCGGACACCGGUGAACCCCCAGCGGAUGAACUUUUAAUCCUCAGACUCCUUUCCAAAAUUCUGCACUUGAAGUUUAAUGGUCCAUUCAAAACAUGAGUGAUGAAAAAAAAAGAAAAACCUGCGCUCUACAGUCCGGUGUUCAAGGAGGAACUGUCGCUCAAGAGGGUCAAGAAUUCAACUGAACCGUACAACACACAGAGAGAUCAUCGCUUCAAUGUGUCCUUUUGCUGAAGUGUGCCAGUGUAGUGUUUCUGUGCUUUGCCGAAGUGCCAAAAUGAUUUCUAGACUGAUAGAGGAAUGAGAUGGAGGGAAUAUGAGAACUGUUUCAUGCAGCUGUAAAAUCAUGUUCACUCUUGCUCUUCUUCCUUAUGUACCUUGUUCUCUUCAAGUCCUCUCAUUGUAAAUUUUGGUGGUACUAUGGAUGAAUUCAUGAAGGGAAAUUAUUUUUUUUACCGGUAAAUCAGGUUCUUAAUAAAUAUCUUUACUCAUGGGAUAAGGGGCUAUUGAAAUUUUUAAUGAUAUAUGUUAAUAUAUAUAAUUUAGUUAUCAGUAUGUAAAUAUUCUGUAGCAGCCAUGCCUUUGAAAGAAACCACAUACAAUUCUUCAGUUGCUUUCAGAUAUAGUAGCCAUGGCCCACCUUUGUGUACAGAUAUGCUCACAUUAAAACUCAGACUCAUUAUGAAGAACAUAACUGAGGAGUGAGAAUGUAAUGAUGUGAAACAUAAAUAUUAUCAACAGACGGAAGUGAUAGUAUAAAAAAAAAAAAGCACAACUAUUUAGUUAUGUAUUUUUUAUACAGCAGGUAUUUUUAUUGCAUUUGAAGGAUGUCUGCAUAUGACUUGGUACGUCUGUUUACUGAGGAAUGAAUGAAUCAUAGGGCAGUGAUGUGUUAAGGACACCAUUUUGAGUGUUUCGGUGAUUAAAUGCAGAAAGGAACCUUUUGGAACAUCUUAAAUGGUAGAGAUUUUUCUGUUGUCAGUACAUGACCUUACUCUCAUCAUU